AUGGCUUACCCCAAAAUCGAGGAGAAUACUCUCAGAACUCUAUAUGGAGAGCUAGCUGGGGUUCUUUUGCAACUUUCCAACCCAUCCUUCUCACGAAUAGGAUCAUUGAAUCAGGUCGAUGACUUCACACGGGAAGUGGCGAGUCGUCCUCUACCAUUAAAUUCAAACGACCUGAUUCGACUAGGAUGCCUACCUCAGUCAGAACUACCAAGCCAUGAGACAACGUACACCUCAGCAUCGUCGUACUUCGAAGCCCUCGCAGAGAUUCAUAUUGCCCAUCUCAUACACCAAAUAAACGACGCAAUCGAGUCCGCGGAUGAUUGUAGACGGAAGUUCGUCGGUCGACAUCUCUUCCGCAAACUCGCCCGCGAGCGUAAGCUCACCAAGCGAUGGGUAGAAUUUGAUAAAGGACCGUUCAAAUUAUGGUGUGAUGAUCUCCGACCAGGCAAUGUCCUCAUCAACAACGACCUCAAGAUUGCGGGCGUCCUGGAUUGGGAGUUCACGUACACUGCCCCAAUCGAGUUUUCCUACGCGCCGCCUUGGUGGCUUCUGAUCGAAAGACCCGAGUACUGGCCUCAAGGCCUCGAGGACUGGAUAAACGUGUUUGAUCGCCGUCUCCAGAAAUUUUUGCAGACGAUGAUUGAAUAUGAAAAUGCUGCUGGCACAAAAGAAGAAGAAAGACUCUCUGGUCCAAUGCGAGAAAGUUGGGAAAUUGGUGAAUUUUGGAUUGCAUAUGCCGGGAGGAGAAGCGUUGCCAUUGAUGCGAUAUAUUGGCACAAGAUUGAUCAGCGCUUCUUCGGACCGACGGACAAUGUUGAGGAUGCAUGGAGGCAGAGACUUGACCUCUUAAGUGAUAAGGAGAAAGAGGAGAUGAAGCUACUUGUGGCAAAAAAGGUUAAAGAGAUGGAAAGCAGAGUUCUGGUUUGGGAUCCGGAUGAGUAUACCCUGUGCCAUAUAGAUAUUGCAAAGACUCAUGCUGCGGAACAAGAAAAGAAAGCCGAGGAACAAAAGGAGAAAGGUAAGAAAGAUCACCCCAAGACAGAGGACAACAAGGUUGAAGUUCAUGCCGUUGAAGCAAGUCCAAGUGAUCUUGAUGUUGAGCAGAUAGUUGAGAAUUUGGCAGAACUUUCCGCUUAG